ACGUCAGCCAUGAAGAUGACAGAAGAAAACUACAAUGCUAAAGACUCGAUCACAAUGGAGGAUGUUCAGCGACUGAUUAAAGUGAAAGAUGAGAUUGAGGAACAGAUUAAAGCGUACUACGACGUCCUUGAAGAUCAAGGUGAUGUGGGCAUGCACGCAGCUCUCGUGGACGUCGAAGGCUUCCCUCGAGCAGACGUGGAUCUGUACCAGAUCCGAACAGCCAGACACAGCAUAUCAUGUUUGCAGAACGACCACAAAGCCAUCAUGGUGGAGAUAGAAGAAGCUCUCCACAAGCUGCAUUCUACAGCGAAGGCGAAGCACGAACAGGACCAGGCGGGUGCGCAGGCGGACCCGAUGGAGCAGGACGUGUCGUUGCCGCCCCCUUUUGCCCGAGUGGACACUGUGACCCAGGGCUCUCCUGCUCAUCAGGCGGGCUUGUGCACCGAUGAUGAGAUCAUCGAGUUUGGUUCAGUCAACACCAACAACUUCCAGAACCUUCAGAACAUCGCGUCUGUGGUCCAACACAGUGAAGGGAAAUCUGUAAGGAUUGCAGUAAUUCGGAAUGGACAGAAGGUUCAUUUUAACUUGACUCCACAGCGCUGGUCUGGACGAGGUCUGCUGGGGUGCAACAUAGUUCCACUUCGCAGAUAACAGAUUUUAGGAGAGCACCUCAGUCCUUCAGACCAACCUGAGCUCUUUGUCACCGGAUGAAUAAACACAUUCUUUAUUUUUCUGUACAAAGUGUUUAGAUGUAUUGCUGUUUCAAUUUCAAUUCACAUUUACUCUAAAGCAUCUGAAUUGGACAUGUUUCCUGCAUAUAAACAAAUCCACACAUUUUCAUAAUAAUACUGAAACAUUAAUAAAUAUUGAGCACAUA